AUGUGGUCAACUGUGUGGGAAUUUCAAACUUUGCUGACACUCGUCGCGUUGCUCUUUAGCAUGGAGAUGACUGAAGGCACCAGCGUAUUAGUCAACAACGUCCAAUUCCAAACCAACGAAGAAAUGUGUCUGGGAUGUGAGCAAUUGGCUACAAUUAAGGGUGUCGAAACUAACGUGAAGCAAGUGGUUUUGUGUGUAGACAAAGUCAGGAUCGAGAUUUACAAAAGCGGCUGA